AUGUUUGCAUUUCUUGCCCUUUUGGUCAUAGCUCAUGGCCAGUCGUACACAUGCACUGACGCGCCACUGAAAAACCUUCCACGGUUCACCACCAAUGUAACUUUUGGCACCAGCAUUCCUGUGUCACAAGUGCAAUAUGCAGUUAACUCCGUCCCAAUAGAUGUCCAUGCAAUUUACUUUAGAUUUAAAGACCCAAGUGAAGUUGCAACUGCUUAUAAUGUGUUACUAUCAACUUGUUCAUUACACACGACCGUAGAAGUUGACAUUGAUAUCUACAGCACUUGCACUAAUGGCGUUGCUACGAUGCGAUUGGCUUAUUCAGGAGUCGACGGUGACUGUGAAGCUAAGAAAUUAAGUCUUGCUGUGUUAAAUAUCAAUGUGAAUAACGGUGUAGAGUACAUAGCCGCUUUCAAAUUGAGAAAUAUUACACAGAGUGGUAAUGUAGAACUUAAUGUGAUGCAGAAUUACAAGGAACACAAAAAUAUAGAGUGUGAUACAGCUAUCAAUGUCGACACUACUAACCUCCCAUUCGUCGAAACUGGAUAUUUAACUCAAACAUCUACUAACGCCAUUCAACCGGGUUGCCUUGACUCGAGUAAGACAUCUUUAUGGUACAAAUUGAAAGGCGACGGCUAUAUGUAUGUUGCAAACACUUGCAAUUAUUACACCAACUUUGAUUCACGAAUUGUCGUGGUCAAAGGAAGUUCUUUAGUCAAUGGAAAGUGUAACAAAGCCGUCUGUUUUAAAGAAGGAAAGAUCGGAUGUGGUAACUUAAUGACGUCUUCAGUCAUUGCCUUCCAAACAGAAGCCGGAACAGACUACUUCAUUGGUAUCUACUCAGCUGGAGGAAAUGGACAGUACUUAAUUAAUGUGAAUAAAUUUAUGGACUCCGUCCCUGCGACAUGUCUACAUGCUCUCCCAGUGUCUAAACUCCCAUUCUCACAUAAAGUGUCUAUUCCAGACGCUUGGCCACUCACUAAAGCUGCCUGUGGAAAGUUCACACAGGAAUAUCGAUCAAUUUAUUUGUCAUUUGCUGGUAACAACAAGACUAUGGUCUUCUCGACAUGCAAGUCAUUAACUCCAGAGUUGCAGGCGAUUGGUGUCGGAGUUGAGUUGGUCAACAAUUGUGCUGAUGAGAAAUGCGCUGUUGCUGAUGGCGAGAAUGGCGAAUGCUAUGAGAACAAUUACAUUAUCAAGAAAACUGAAAUUGGGACCACGUACUUCAUUAAAGUGUUCUGCAGAGAAAAGGCGUGCGACAUGACUCUGAACAUCUAUGAAAAGACUCAAGACCACUUCAAAUGCGAGGACGCUCUUGUCUUGCAGGGAAUCACUUCUUAUGACGAUGUCGGAGUCCUUGCAAAUAUCGAGAAGUCCAUCCAUGGGUGUGACUCUAUAGCUGAACAAAGCAAAGGGUUGUGGUAUAAAGUCAUUCACGAUCAGUCGAAGGUCGAUGAAGAAUACACUAUUUUGGCAAUGAACGGGGUUGGCUCUAAAAUUGGGAUGAUAGAAUUUUCUGAUGAAUGUAACGUCGUCAGAUGCUCUGGGAAAUCACAGGGACAAGCCACUUUAAGUUUCUCAUCGGAGUCUACUUAUCAAUAUGUCUUCGCUUACGCUUAUUCGUCCUUCCAAUAUGAAAUGAUUGCAGUCAAAUUCAUCACAAAUAUGGUCAAGACGUACGCCAAGUGUAGUGAAGCUCUUGAAGUCACAUUACCAUUCACCGCUCUUCACUCCUUUGCAAAUACCAAAUCCUACCAAACGUGUUUGUCUAAUGGGCAAUCGACUCUUUCACCAGCUAACUAUUACAAAUUUACAUUGGACAAAGACUGUGUCUUGGACGCUUCAACAUGCUUCCCAAAAACAUUGGUCAACACGGCUAUUGAAAUUUCAACGAAGUGCCAUGGAGACGUCGGUAAUGAGUGUGUAGGUAUAAUUAAUGACUCAAAGGGUUGCCCAGUCGACUCUGCUUCCAUUUCUAUUGAUGGUAAAAAGGGCACUUAUAUUCUUUCAGUCUUCUCCGAGUCGACUGCUAUUAUUAACACUAAGCAAUACAGACUCGUCAUCUUUGUUGCUGAAGUACCACAGAACUCAAUGUGCGACAAACCAACUGAAAUUAACGUGAAAAAUUAUUACAACCAUUACUUGCUCUUGAACAGACAGUCUCAAACGACUGAUCUUGGAACAGGUGGAAUCACUCGUGGUAUCUAUUUCAGAAUCCAAACUAAUGAGGAGUGGACUAUCCAAGUCAAAACUUGCUCGAUGAGCACUACGAUGAACUCAAUUAUCUUGUUGCACGACAGAUGCACAACACAAGUCAAAGACGGUGUCACUGUAUCAUACCCAGACGACUUGGUAGCAGUCUCUAUGAGCUCUAUUAAGAACUGUGAUAUCCACGGUACUUAUCUGACAUUCAACACAACGACUGAUGGAAAGGAACACUAUAUCUUCGUCGCUCCACAGAACAACGACGAGACUGGAUUCAUUGAUGUCGAAUUCUAUAUGGACCCAAUCGAAGCACCAGUGCCAGAUCAAAGCUCAAGUCAUCAUAAUGAUGACGAUAACAAGAAGCCUCCUGUUGGGUGGAUUGUUUUUGGUGUCAUAGUAUUUGUGGUCUUUGUUGUGGUUAUCGCGGGUAUCUUGGUUGUUAUCUUUUUAAAGACAAAGAAAGCUGGAUACUCUACUUUCGAAUAA